AUGAACCAGAAUAACGUUGAAUACCGGCGCAAGGCCGCGGCUCCCGACUCCGACACAGUUACCGCGAACCUCAUUUCGCGCGAAUCCUUCACCCUCGACGAUCCCGUCCCCAAGACCCCCAUCGCCAAUAACCAUGGCUUCUUCGAGCUUCCGGUACAAGACCAGAGGAACUUCCUGCUGUUGGUGCUUCUGUACUUUCUGCAGGGCGUGCCCAUGGGUUUGGCGGGCGGCUCCGUGCCUUUCCUUAUGAAGGACCACAUGUCGUACAGCGAGAUUGGAAUUUUCAGUCUGGCCUCAUAUCCGUACUCUUUGAAGCUCCUCUGGAGUCCUAUUGUGGAUGCAGUCUGGAGUCCCAAGGUCGGUCGCAGAAAGAGCUGGAUUCUUCCCAUCCAGCUGCUCUCCGGGCUGGGUAUGCUGUGGCUCGGGUCGACUGUGGAAAGUAUGAUGGCCAACACCGGCAAGCCCGGCGGCCCUACCGUGUGGAACUUCACUGGGUGGUGGUUCUUCUUAGUUUUCAUGUGCGCCACCCAGGAUAUUGCUGUGGACGGCUGGGCCUUGACCCUCCUGACACCCGGGAACGUUUCCUACGCGUCUACCGCGCAGACUGUGGGUCUCACUGCCGGUCACUUCUUGUCUUACACGGUCUUCUUGGCAUUCAACUCCAAGGACUUUGCGAACCGCUACUUCCGCAGCUCUCCUUUGGACCACGGACUGAUGUCUCUUGGUGGAUAUCUUACUUUCUGGGGCUGGGCCUACAUUGCCAUCACCAUCGGGCUGUCUCUCUUCAAACGCGAGGAGAAGACCAAGAACGAGGAUGGCAUCUGGGAUGUGUAUAAGAUCAUGUGGGGUGUCCUCAAGUUGAAGAACAUCCAGACCAUCAUCGUCGUCCAUCUCAUUGCCAAGAUCGGUUUCCAGGCCAACGAUGCUGUCACGAACCUCAAGCUUAUCGACAAGGGUUUCGGUCAGGAGAACAUGGCUUUAACGGUUCUCAUCGACUUCCCUUUCGAAAUCGCGCUCGGAUACUACGCCGGCAAGUGGUCGCAAGAGUACACUCCUAUGCGUCUUUGGUGUUGGGGGUUCGUGGGGCGUCUUGUUGCUGCUCUCAUCGCUCAGUUAACUGUCACCAUUUUCCCGGCAGGCGGCGUCACCCCCUGGUACAUGCUGAUGGUCAUCGGCGAGCAUGUAUUCUCGACUUUCACCAACACGGUCAUGUUCGUUGCCGUCUCAGCUUUCCACGCUAGAAUCGCAGACCCUGUCAUCGGCGGCACCUACAUGACUCUCCUGGCUACUGUCUGCAACCUUGGUGGUACCUUCCCGCGCUUCUUCGUCCUGCGUCUGGUCGAUUACUUCACCGUCGCAACCUGCCAUCCCGGCAAACCCGCGGAUCUGAGCUCCCUCAAGGGUUCAGUCAUCACCGAGCCCUUCUCAUGCUCCUUGCAACCAGACAAGGAGAAGUGCAUUGCCGGCGGUGGUACUUGCGAUAUGGUGCGCGACGGAUACUACCUUGUCAACAUCAUCUGCGUCAUUUUCGGCGUCGUCACAUUUAUGCUUUACAUUCGCCCUAGAGUCUUGCAUCUGCAGUCGCUUCCCAUGAGGGCGUGGCGCCUGUCGCCUUCCAAAUAA